AUGGAAAAUAUAGAGUGGAUUUAUAACGUCAAUUUGUUCACUAAACGAGUAGAAAAGAACAUUGUUAAUGUCUCCUUGUUCAAUGUGGUGAUGGAUGACAUUUUAAGCAGAUUUAUAGUCAAAUUAUACCCACAAAACCUGAGUCUGAGUAUCAAAGAAACAUUGGGGAUACUCGACAUCUCAAAAACUGUUAUUGGAGGACUUGAAAUGAGUUAUUUAAAUAACAUAAAAGGAGAUACGAUUGCACUGAAACUUCCCGAGAAUAUUCGAAAAAUGGAAAUAAGAAAUUUCAUGCACCUCAAGGUCGAUAUAUUGAAUCAAACACAAGUUAAAAAUAAAGCACUGGUUUCUCGUUUCUUGUUGCUCAAAAAUAUUCAAAAAGACCAUGAAAAGAGAAAAGUUUCAAAAAAACAGCUGAACAGAAAAAAGGAGAAAAAAGAAAAAAGAGAGACGUAUCAAGAAAAACUUAUGAAAGGAAAAGAACAAUUAGAUUUUGGUGAAGAAAAAAAAGAAAUUGAUGAUGAAGAUUAUUGA